AGGUUAGAUUCAUAUGCUUACAGCUAUACGACUAGUGUUUUGUGUGUGUGUGUGUUUCCUCCUCCUCCUCCUUCUUCUUCUUUUUUAAACGUGAAGCUUAAUUAAACCACUCAUCUUAUAUGUUCCUUAGUGAGAGAUGUGUACAUUUUUCAUCAUCGCGUUCAUUUCUGUAUCAAUCUCAAUUGAUCACACUUAGACCGCAGACUCAUUUAGAUUCGGGGAUAAUAGAUAUCUUUGCUGAUAUAUUGACCGACAUCGAAAGAAGAAAGGGAAGUAAGCCUUUGAAUUGGUAUCUUCCAGUGAUGUUUUCGAAUGCAGCACUUAAUAGUGGUGAUGGAAGUUACUUCCCUGACUUUGUCGAACGGCAUAAUAUGAGAGACAACUACAUGUCAGACUUGAUAUAUUGUGAGAAGAUAUUUAUUCCAGUUCAUGUUGAAAAAAAUUCAUGUGGACAUUAUUAUCUAUAUAUUAUUUAUAUGAAGAAUCAAGAAGUUGAAAUAUGGGAUUCGCUGUGUGACCAAUUCAUAGAUAAAGCUGAACGUGACCAAACAACAGAGAAACUGUUGCUUGCUAUGGAUAGACUCUUUGAAAAUGGUACGUUCACAAAAUUUUACUGGAGAAUGAGAAGCAAUAUACAAUUACAGCCUAAUGGAUAUGAUUGUGGUAUAUUUGUUAUUAAUUACAUGCAACAACUGAGAAAUUAUGUGAGGAAAAAGCCUUCAGUACAGUUUGACAGCCAUGAAGAAAGAUUGAAUUUGGCAUUAAAGUUACUCAAGAGUGACUUGAACCAAGAAAAAGAAACGCUAUACGAUGAAGCAGCGAGAUGGCACCAGGCACAGGUUGAAAGUGAAAAAGAAAAUUCAUGCGGAAUUAAAAGAAAGGGGGUUCAUUUCGAUACUGAAGCCAAGAAAAGUAACGUUGGUUUGAAAACAGAAUGCAUUAAAGGUUAUAAACUGCCAACAACUCAUCUAGUGGGAAAAGAAGUUCAAAGACAUACUCAACAAAUAUGGGAAUGGGUUAUGAAAGAUGAGGUGUCAGUAAUUGGGAUAUGGGGAAUGGGAGGGGCAGGAAAAACAAGUUUAGCAACUCAUGUCCAUAACAAGCUUUUAGAAGACACUGGUGAUGACUUUGACCAUGUUAUUUGGAUUACCAUGUCACAAGAUGAUAAUAGAAUUUAUAAGUUGCAAAAGGCCAUUGCAAGAUCAAUUAAUGUUGACAUAUCUGAUGAGUGUGAUAUCACAAGAAUAUCUGGAAUAUUGUUGCAGGCAUUCGAAUACAUAAAUAGAUGUGUUCUUAUUCUAGAUAAUGUUUGGGAACCUAUCAUUUUAGAAGAGGUUGGAUUUCCUGUUUCAAACAAAGUAAUUAAAUUGAUUCUGACAACUCGUUCGUGGGAAGUGUGUCAAAGUAUGAAUUGCAUGAAGAACAUAAUAAAUGUAAAACCUCUAGAUGAAGAAGAUGGUUGGGAUUUGUUUAAAAGCACUGUUAGGAUCCAUCAAAUACAACCUCGUGGGUUCGAGCGUAUAGCAAGGGACGUGGCAGAUCAAUGCGGUGGUUUACCUCUUGCUAUUGUUACAAUGGCAAGAAGUAUGAAGGGAAAGGAACACAUAAGAGAGUGGAAUUAUUUGUUGGAAUGCCUUCAAAACUUGGACAACAGACAAUAUGAUAUGGAGGAGAGGGUAUUUUCAGUAUUGAAAUUUAGCUAUGUUUGCUUAAAUAAUAAAUUGCAAAGGUUUCUUUUGUACUAUGCAUUAAGUGCCAAGGAAUAUGUUGAAGAUACUUAUGUUGAGAAAUAUGUUGAAGAUAAUUAUACUGAAUGUUUAAUCAGAAAAUUUUUCUAUGAGGGAUGGACAAGCGAUGAAACAAAGAGCAUAGAGAUGCAAUAUAAUGAAGGUUACACCAUGUUGAAUAAAUUAAACAAUAAUAGUUUGUUGAUGAAAGAAAAUAGAUAUUGGAGAAUGCAUACUUUGUUGAGGGUCAUGGCUAUUGAUUUUGCAAAGAAGGCUGGUGAAAUCAUGGCAAAACCUUGUAUGAAGUUGGUAGAAGUACCAAAGAACGGAGAAUGGAAAGAAAAUUUGGAGAAAGUUUUUCUGACUGGAAACAAAAUACAGAAAAUUUUGGAUGGCACAUCUCCUAAGUGCUCUAAACUUUCCACAUUGCUUUUAGAUUGUAAUUAUGAUCUUGAGUCCAUCCCAAAUGAUUUUUUCAGCAACAUGCCAGCUCUUAAAAUACUUGAUCUAUCUAAGACUGGCAUCAGACAAUUGCCUGAAUCUGUAUCUAACUUGGAAUGCCUCACUGCAUUAUUGCUUUCACGGUGUGAAGAAUUGAUUUAUGUGCCUUCAUUAGCAAAAUUGCAACGAUUAAUAGAGUUGGACCUUUCAUUUACAGCCAUCAAUGAAACACCUUGUGGUUUGGAAUUGUUGGUCAAUCUUUUAAGGUUGAAUCUAGAAGGUACAACUCAGUUGAAAAUGUCAACAUCAGUAAUAUCCAAAAUGACCAAUCUUAGGUCUCUUAGGUUGAUGAAUAGUAAUCCAAGAUCAAUGGAUGCUAGCGCACAGGAUCUACAGGGUUUGGAAAAGUUGGAAGUUAUUUCAGUCAACUUUUGUAACACUGAAGAGUUUAAUGCCUAUGUUAAGAGCUUCAAAGGCAAAGAUCAUGUACUCAAAAAUUAUUUUCUAAGUUCAGCUACAUUAUUUGAUUCUGCUUCUCAUGCGUGUGCACUUGAAUCCUAUUCCUUAAAAAGGGUUGUUUUAUCUGGUAUUGAUUUGGAAAACAGAGCAACAGUACUUCCGGAGGACAUCAAUGAGUUGUUCAUAAGUAAAUGUGAGUUGAAAGACUUGAAACAAAUAGUGGCACCAUUCGCUCCAUCCUUAGAUAGCCCAUAUCAUUACCUUAGAGAUCUUGAUGUUUUUGAGUGCAGCGAAAUGAAGAUUCUGAUGAUGCUGGACUUAUUAGCACAGCUCCAAAACCUAGAGACCAUUUCUGUUGGAUUUUGUGACUCGAUGGAAGAAAUAGUUGGAAACCAUUAUUGUAGUGGUAACACUUUUAACCCUACUAUCACUCUUCCCAAAGUGAGAUCUGUGAAAUUGUAUUGUCUACCAGAAUUAACCUUUGUAUUUAAAGGAACUAUGCUUUGUCCUUCACUCAAAUAUUUCCAUGCCUACAUUUGUGAGAAAUUGAGCCCCCCUCAUAUCGAGAUCGUAGAAGGACUUAAGCUUCAGAUGGAAAAUAUCUCCAUUGGAGGAUAUUGUUGGAAUUAUGGUAAUUAG